UAGUAAAAACCAAACCAUCCUAGGGAGCAACUAAUCAAAAAAGCAAAGUGAGAGACAGAGGCAAAGCCUUUUACACGUGAUAAAGAAAACACCAAAAGCUCUUUUGCAUGCGUGUAUAAGAUUCAUCAACAUCAUCAUCUUCACUUUUUUUUUAUAUUAUUUUUUUUUCACCCUUCUUCUUUCUUUCGAAAUCCUUCAAAAAGACUCCAUUUUUAUUUCUUUGCUCAUCACCCAUCUUCCAUUUUCACUCUCUCAUUGCUUUCACAUGUGUUCCCUAGUUACCUAGCUAGAUAUAAGCAUAAGGUUAUAGGCAAAAACUAAACGUGAAAAACUGGUUAUUUGCUGAAACUUCUUGUCACCUUUGAUUACUGUGAAUAUCACUAUCUAUAUAUCUAUAUAUUUAUAUAUUCCUGCAAGAACUCAGCAAAAAUUCAACAUGCCUCUGAGGCAAAUGAAAGAGAGUUCAGAACAACACCUUGUGAUCAAACCUCAUCUGCCAAACACUAUGAAUCAGGCUAAGAAGGUUACUAAAGCUGUUCAAAAUGGUAAAGGUCCACCAUUGUUGUCACAAGAACAACAUAACCAAACUUCACCACCUCAAGGAAGGAGUGGUGGUGGAAGAAGAAGGAGUAGAAAUGGAAGAAAAUCUGAUCAAGUUGAUGUUUUGAUGAGACCAAGUUGUAGGCCUUGUACUGCUGUGAAAAAUAAUGAGAAUGGCCAUGUUCUUCAAAAUGGAAACAUAGUCUCUAGUGAUAUAGAGAUGAGUUUUCCUACUUCAAGCAAGUCUUUGAGUUUUGCUCAAAGGCCUGGUUAUGGACAAGUUGGUACAAAGUGCAUUGUUAAAGCUAACCACUUCUUUGCAGAAUUACCAGACAAGGACUUGAAUCAGUAUGAUGUAACUAUUACGCCGGAAGUGUCUUCGAAAGCAGUUAACAGAUCCAUUAUAGCAGAACUUGUGAGGCUGUAUAAAGAAUCAGACCUUGGCACGAGGCUUCCAGCAUAUGAUGGCCGGAAAAGUCUGUACACAGCAGGGGUUCUUCCCUUUUCAUGGAGAGAGUUUAAGAUUAAGCUUAUAGAAGAAGAGGAUGGAAUUAAUGGCCCCAAGAGGGAAAGAGAAUACAAAGUGGUGAUCAAGUUUGUUGCAAGGGCUAACUUGCAUCACUUGGGACAGUUUCUGGCUGGAAAGCGUGCAGAUGCUCCACAGGAAGCGAUACAAAUUCUUGACAUUGUACUAAGAGAGCUAGCAUCCAAGAGGUUUUGUCCCAUUGGGAGGUCGUUUUAUUCACCUGAUAUUAGAACACCACAACGCCUCGGAGAAGGAUUGGAGUCGUGGUGUGGAUUUUACCAAAGCAUAAGACCUACUCAGAUGGGCCUUUCCCUCAAUAUUGAUAUGGCUUCUGCCGCGUUCAUUGAACCUCUUCCGGUGGUGGAAUUUGUUGGCCAGCUAUUAGGAAAAGAUGUUCUGUCAAGGCAGUUGUCUGAUGCAGAUCGCAUCAAGAUUAAGAAAUCCCUUAGAGGAGUUAAAGUUGAAGUGACACAUAGAGGGAGUGUGAGACGGAAGUAUCGAGUUUCUGGUAUAACAUCUCAACCAACAAGAGAACUUGUGUUUCCCGUUGAUGAGAACUCAACUAUGAAAUCAGUGGUUGAAUACUUUCAAGAGAUGUACGGUUUCACUAUUAAACAUACACACCUUCCUUGCCUUCAAGUUGGUGGGAAUCAAAAGAAAGCAAACUAUUUACCUAUGGAGGCCUGCAAAAUCGUCGAGGGACAACGAUACACCAAAAGGUUGAAUGAAAAGCAAAUUACCUCUCUCUUGAAAGUCACUUGCCAGAGACCUCGGGAUCGAGAAAAUGACAUAUUGCGGACGGUUCAGCAUAAUGCUUAUGAUCAAGAUCCUUAUGCAAAGGAAUUUGGAAUUAAAGUCAGUGAGAAGUUAGCUUCUGUAGAAGCUCGAAUUCUCCCUGCUCCUUGGCUUAAAUAUCACGAGAGUGGCAAAGAAAAAAAUUGUUUACCACAAGUUGGCCAGUGGAAUAUGAUGAACAAGAAAAUGAUUAAUGGAAUGACGGUUAGCCGCUGGGCAUGCAUAAAUUUUUCACGAAGUGUGCAAGAUAGUGUGGCUCGUACAUUUUGUAACGAGCUUGCACAAAUGUGUCAAGUAUCUGGCAUGGAAUUUAAUCUAGACCCUGUUAUUCCGAUCUACAAUGCAAAACCUGAGCAAGUGGAGAAAGCUUUGAAGCAUGUUUACCAUGUAUCAUCAAACAAAACCAAAGGAAAAGAGUUGGAGCUUUUGUUAGUGAUAUUACCCGACAACAAUGGUUCUCUCUAUGGUGAUCUCAAGCGUAUUUGUGAGACCGACCUUGGUUUAAUUUCUCAAUGUUGUUUAACAAAGCAUGUCUUUAAGAUCACGAAGCAGUACUUGGCUAAUGUGUCUCUGAAAAUCAAUGUUAAGAUGGGCGGUAGAAACACCGUUCUUGUUGACGCCGUAAGCUGCAGAAUACCGUUGGUUAGUGACAUACCAACAAUAAUAUUUGGAGCAGAUGUUACUCACCCUGAAAAUGGGGAAGACUCCAGCCCCUCAAUCGCAGCAGUAGUAGCGUCACAAGAUUGGCCCGAAGUUACGAAGUAUGCAGGUUUAGUUUGUGCUCAACCUCAAAGACAAGAACUUAUACAAGAUUUGUACAAAACUUGGCACGAUCCUGUUCGCGGCGUAGUUAGUGGUGGCAUGAUCCGAGAUUUGUUGGUUUCGUUUAGAAGAGCAACGGGACAGAAGCCACAAAGGAUUAUAUUUUAUAGGGAUGGUGUAAGUGAAGGACAGUUUUACCAAAUUCUACUAUACGAGUUGGAUGCGAUUCGGAAGGCGUGUGCUUCUUUGGAGCCAAACUAUCAACCUCCGGUAACUUUCAUAGUUGUACAAAAAAGACAUCAUACUCGGUUAUUCGCAAACAACCACAGGGACAGGAACAGUACAGAUAGGAGUGGAAAUAUACUGCCUGGAACUGUCGUUGAUACAAAAAUCUGUCACCCAACCGAGUUUGAUUUUUAUCUCUGCAGUCACGCCGGCAUCCAGGGUACAAGCCGUCCGGCGCAUUAUCACGUUCUAUGGGAUGAAAACAACUUCACAGCAGAUGGAAUUCAGUCUUUGACAAACAAUCUUUGUUACACAUAUGCUAGGUGUACACGCUCCGUAUCUGUUGUCCCUCCAGCAUAUUAUGCACAUUUAGCAGCUUUUCGAGCACGUUUCUACACAGAGCCAGACCUACAGGAGACUGGCUCGACAGGUGGUCGAGGUUCAAAGACAACACGUGCAGCCGGAGAUUGCGGCGUCAAGCCAUUGCCGGCCUUGAAGGAAAAUGUAAAGAGAGUAAUGUUUUAUUGUUAGUCUCUGAAGCAGUUUGGAAAUGCAUGGAUGGUGGUACAUGGAGCAAGCACUAUCCCUCCAAUAGUUACUUGUACAUUAGUGACUCUUCAGCAAUGUUUCUCAUAAUAGAUCCAUGGUUAUAGUUCUAGAGGCCAUGUUUAGGAUUCCUUGAAGUAUUUGGCUAGAACUUGGGAGACACUUAACAUAGGAUUAGACUUUAGAUGGAUGGUACUGAAUCAGGCAUUGUAAACAAACUAUGAAUCAAUCUUUAUUGUAGAAUUUUUUUUCUUGCCUGAAGGUCCUUGUAGAUGUUGAAGAAUAGAAAUUUUUCACUUCCUAUUA